GAUGUGGGAUAAAGAACCAAAAACAACGCGGGUGUGGCCGUUGGAUGGAACAAAUGGACGGUAAGGAUGUAACUUGGAGUUAAAGAAUGGGUUUUAGACUAAACUCUAAGAACCUGAUGGGCUUUAAAAGCCCAUAGAAUACAUGCUCCUCCGUCCGUCCGUCGCUAAAGAAAGUUUGGAUUCGGUGGAAAGAUCAGAUCAGAUCGAUCGGAGGGAAGAUAUGGGGGGCGCGAAUCUGAAAGCGGAGACGAUGGCUCUGAUGGAUAAGAGAGCUGCCAUGGAGACGGAAAUGAACUCGAUCGUAGAACGUCUCUGCAAUCCCGGUGGUCCUGGGCUCUCCGGCAACCUCGUCGACUCGGAGGGGUUCCCUCGCGAAGAUAUCGACAUUCCGGCGGUUAGAGCUCAGCGCCGUCGUCUUGCUGAGUUACGAAAUGAGCACAGCGAGAUAACGGACAAGAUUAAUGUGAACAUUCAAAUUCUUCAUUCAGUGAGGCCUACGUCCAGAGCUUCAUCUGCGAAAGAUUCAGGUCCACAAGAAAGAAGUUUGUCAGGUGAAGUGGCUUCCUUAUCGCAGACAUCUGGCUUCACUGUUACUUCCCGUGCCAUGGAUAUGGAUUCGGUUACUAGUAUUCCCUUUGCCAUGGUUGAUGAGAUAACCGAGUCAUCUCCAGCAGCGGAGGAUGGGUUACAGCUUGGAGAUCAGGUUGUUAAAUUCGGCAACGUGGAAGGUGGUGACAAUCUGUUGCCUAGGCUUGCCGCUGAAGCUCAAGCUAACCAGGGACAAGCAGUUUCUGUGGGAGUUAUAAGGCAAGGUGCGAAACUUGAUUUAUCUGUCACCCCGAGGGUAUGGCAAGGCAGAGGUCUAUUGGGGUGCCAUUUCCGUUUGGUAUGAUCCGUGGACUGUCAUUUGGAGGCCUGGAUAUGCUGAAAGCUUCUGUCCUGCAGAGUUUGUGGUUGAUGAAUGAUGAUGUCUGUUUAAAAAAAAAACUUGUUUAGUGUGCGUGCAAGUGGUUUCCCAGUUUGGUUGUUGAAAGUAGACUUUCUUCUUUGCAUGUUGAACCCAUCAGAAAAAGAAAAGAAAAGAAGCAUCGUUUAGCUUA